AGAAAAUAUAUUGAAAAGUAAGAGGAGGAUUGGAGUACCUAUAUGUACCACUCUCGAAGGUAACUAUGUUGUAGAAAAAGUUGAAUUUUGAAGAAAAAAAAGUGUUUUUCCUGGUUUGGCCUGAGGUUUCUCAGAAAUUAGUUACAGCCGAAGUGGUUCGAGGAAAAUAUUAUCGAAAAAAGCAAAUAUAAAUGUUAGAAACUCUUAUUAAAAUCAAUCAAUCUACUAAAGAACUGAUGAUCCUAUUCUACAAUAUAUUAUACAGAGGGUUCCUGAAUUGGAAGUACAAACGCUAAUGAGAGAUUCCUUGUAUAAUUUCAAGAAAAAAUGUCUUAUCUAUUAACAUUUGCCCGAAAACGCUUUGCUUGGGGAUACAGGGUGUUCUUUGUAGUCCGCCUUUUUUCAGAUGAUUAUAUGUAUCAGUUCAUCGAAACUUUAUGAACUAUAGCUACUGAUCUGGAAAUUCAACACCAAAAUUAAUUAUUAAUUAAUUCAUCACAGAUCAUUACCUGGAUGUUUAUGAUAAUUUGAAUUUUCCUAAGGAUUACGAUAGAAUUUUUUGAAAUUUUUCUGUUCCAAUCAGUAGUUUAGUACUAGAUCAGAGUUUAUUUUCAAUUUUUUUAAAAAUACCGACUAGUGGUCCACCAAAAAAAGAGUUCGGGUGGUAAAAAGUGCAAUGUUUCACAAAAAGUGUCAACCUGUAGACUUGCAAACGGAAUCGACAUAUUACAUGAUGUGAAAUCUAAAUAGGAAUCUCAAUGCAAAAUUUCAGAUGAAAGCCUUGUGAAAUGUGGAUGAUAUGAGAAAAAAAUCAAACUUUGACACCAUCUAUCUUGAAAACCAAGCCCAUGUUUAUAGUGCAUUUUUCUCUUAAAAUCUCCCGAGGAAUCUUUCAUUUUCGUUUGCACUUCCAAUUUAAAAACACCCUAUAAAGUUAUCAUUAAAAGAUGAAAAAGAAAUUAUCACAAAUUCCUCUCCUCUAUAUGAUAUGAGCAAGCCUAGUUUUCAAAAUUGAAAUUUGUGAGUAUCUAUAAAUUGUAAAAAUUAACAUGAAAUUCAAAGAAAUAGCGUUUUCACGUACCUAAACAUGAAAAUACGACAAAUACAAAGCACUAAUAACAAAACCUCUAAUCUUCGAAAUAAACAAAAUCUAUGUUAUGAAUGAGUAACAUCCCAAAGAUAACCUUUUUAACCUCUAUGAUCGUGAACUAAUUUCAUCGAUAGACUCAUUAAUAGUUAUGAAUCUUGAAGAGAUGCACAUCAUUCACGUGCUCUUUUUAAUAUUGUGCUUUAAUUUUUGUUGUGAAGCUUCUAAGAGCAUACUAGAACACAACGACACUGCCCUAGAAUUAUUGAACAAUUGCAAGUGUACCUUGAAGGAAUACUGCUAUAAGGGUAGAUUGAAUGUUAGAGGAGUAGGCAUCAUAACAUUGAGGAGUAAAAUAACUAAUGAAUCUGAGCUGAUAGAACCUGCUGAAAUCCAGUGCUCAAAACCGUCCUACAUCUGCUGCAAAGAACCCAAUACCGACUUCGGAAACAGGGUAGACAACACACUGCAACUCCAUAUAGGAGAUGGAAAAGCUUCCUCGCUAACAAGUCAGAAAGAUACUUUUAAAGUUGGAAAAAAGCCGCUGAAAUGCGGGUUUCCCAAACCAGCAGUAAACAUCAGAAUUUCCACUGGUCCAGAUGAGAUAAGCACUGCAUUAGAUGGAGAAUUUCCUUGGAUAGCCUCCAUCUACAGGAAACAUCAACUGGAUGGAUCUUACCAGUUUAGAUGCGGUGGCUCUUUAAUAAAUGAGAUUGUUGUGUUAACUGCAGCACAUUGUGUGUAUAGCUCUAGGAAGAGACCUUUUGAAUUGAAAGUCAUAGCAAACGCUAAGAAAGAGCUGGGUGAAAUUGGCUCGAAUCCAUCUGAAGAAAGGGAGGUAAAAAAGAUUGUAGUCCAUCCUAAGUAUUAUGCUGGAGGAGCACAUAACGAUAUAGCCUUGAUUUUUCUGGAACGAAGCUACAACGACUCCAAAGACCUUAACAGUAUUUGUCUACCAAGCAGUAAUUCAAGUUAUGACAACACAAGAUGUCUUGCUGCUGGUUGGGGGGAUGGCAAUAAAAAAAAUAACGAUGGCGUCAAGCUCCUUUCAAAAGUUGAACUACCUCUAGUAGACCAAAAAACUUGCCAAGAGCAACUAAGAAAAACCAGACUUGGUCAAGAAUUCGAGCUGCAUGAAUCUGCAAUAUGUGCUGGUGGUCAGAAAGACAGAGACACCUGUAAAGGAGAUGGUGGAGGACCCUUAAUAUGUCCCAAUGAAGGAGGUUACUUUAUACAGAUGGGGAUAGUAUCAUGGGGAGUUGAUUGCGCCAAGGAGGGCCAUCCUGGUGUCUACACAAAAGUCGAGAAGUUCGUGGAUUGGAUACAUGAUAACAUUAGGGCAAAUUCGUAACAUGUCCUAAUUUUUUUUGUGUUUUUUUUUAGAUAGUUCAAGUGAAGUUUUGAGCUGAAAAUAAGUUAUUAGAUUAUUUGUAAUAUAUAUUGUGAUGUAUCUAAUGAAAUUAAAGUCGGUUUUGAAUUUUU